AUGUUCUUACAACGUCACCUGGUUUAUAUAGGUUCAUGUCGUAACUCCUAUGCUCGGAAAGCUUUUCUCUUCUCCCUCAACAACAUCAAAGGAUACAAUCCUGUGAAGCUGGCACAAUACCGAUACCAGCAUAGCGCAAUGUGCAGUUGUUCCUCUUACGGACCCAUUUUUGGUUGGGGACGUGACAUCAUCAUAUAUAACGACGCUGCAAACAAUCAACGCUCUUAUACUAAAUGCGGUGGGACGUACAAAAACCCCACGGGUUAUUCAUCUGGAGACUGUAAAUUUUUCACAGGAGCAUUUCGUUUUACUCCAUCCGACAUUGAAGUUUUCUUCGAAAUCGGUGGCCUUGGUGCAUCUACUAUACUUGGAGGCCUGGACCCCAAUGAAUACUUGGGAAAGAUGAUUUCAUUUUUAGACCCAGUUCUUCCCAGUGCAUCCCGUACUGACUUUAUUAAGUGUUGGCAUGCUAAGACUGACGGCUGGGCGGCAUCGAAAUUCCACAGCAACUGCGAUGGGAGGGGACCCACAGUGACAAUCAUCAAAGUGAACGAUUACAUAUUUGGUGGAUAUACUGAUGUGUCCUGGAGCGGAGCUGGUUCUUGCGCAGGUUAUUCCUACGCCAGUAAAGCUUUCAUCUUCUCUCUCUAUAAUGUCAAAGGAUACAAUCCCGUAAAGUUGACGCAAUACCAAAAUCAGCAAUAUGCAAUGUACAGAUGUAAUACGUAUGGACCCACCUUUGGUAAUCAUGAUAUCUACAUAUCCGACGGCUCUGGAAACAACCAAAACUCCUACACCAGAUGCGGUUACACGUACACGACACCUUCAGGGUACUCAACUGGUAACUGUGGUUUUUUUACAGGGGGGUCUCAUUUCUCUCCAACGGACGUCGAAGUAUUCUAUGAAGCAGGCCUUGGUUUGUCCGCCAUACUUCGAAGUCUUGAUUACAACCAGUACUUGAAGGUGCUGUUUUCGUAUUUGGACCCAGUCCUUAUCAAUAGAGAACGUAGCAGGUUUGUGAGGUGUUGGCACGCAGAGACUGACGGUUGGGCAGCAUCGACAUUCCACAGUAACUGCGAUGGGAGGGGACCCACAGUGACUAUCAUUAAAGUUAACAGUUAUAUCUUUGGUGGAUACACUGACGUGUCCUGGACCAGCAGUCCUUGUGCUUAUUCUUCAGCCAGCAAAGCUUUUGUUUUCUCUCUUUACAACGUCAAAGGAUACAAUCCUGUGAAGCUGACACAAUACCGAUACCAGCAAUACGCAAUGUACAGAUGUUCCUCUUACGGACCCACUUUUGGUUGGGGACAUGACAUCAUCAUAUAUGACGACGCUGUAAACAAUCAGCACAGUUAUACUAGAUGCGGUGGCACGUACUCCAACCCCACGGGCUAUUCAGCCGGAGAUUGUAAAUUUUUCACAGGAGCAUUGAAUUUCACCCCAUCUGACAUUGAAGUUUUCUUCGAAAUAAUAAACUGA